GUGGUCUAGCUGGUUUCCCUACUGUACAGAUUAAAAGCGCACACUGUGCUUUGUGUUAUUUUGAUUAAUAAAGUAAUUAAGCAUUAUCAACAUGGCUGAUGAGGAAUUAGAAGCUAUUAGACGGCAGCGCAUGGCAGAACUGCAGUCCAAACAUGGGGACUCAUCCAGUGAUCAGCAAGGACAACAAGAAGCCAAGCAAAGAGAAACAGAAAUGAGGAAUUCAAUAUUGGCUCAGGUGUUGGAUCAGUCAGCCCGUGCCAGAUUAAGUAACCUGGCACUGGUAAAGCCUGACAAAGCAAAAGCAGUUGAGAAUUAUUUGAUACAGAUGGCACGCUUCGGCCAACUUGGGGGAAAGAUUUCAGAGUCUGGCUUGAUAGAGAUCCUUGAAAAAGUUAGCCAACAAACAGAGAAGAAAACAACUGUCAAGUUUAAUAGACGGCGGGUGAUGGACUCUGAUGACGAUGAUGAUGAUUAAUGGGUACUUGUUUCUGUCAGCUUUUGGGUAUAAAAAAGACUGGGCAGCUCUGGUUCUCUACAAGCACUAGAGUGUCCUACCAAAGGCACUGUAAAUGAAGAGCAUUCUGGGACAGAGACUCUUACCUUUGUGGACCCAGGAAAUGGUAAUCCAUGUUUGUUUCACUUGAUAUUUUCUAGCCAACACUGCAUAAAAUUGCAGUAAUGAAGUUGCAGCCACUGCGUUUUCGAUAGAGGCUGCGCUUGGAGUUGAAGUGCGAAAUCCAUCAGUGUCAUCUUUAUUCCUGGAUCCCUUUCUGACUUAUGUAAAGCUGUUUACAGAAUAAAAAGCCUUACACACCUGUUA